AUGAGUCCCCAACCAGUUACUCUCCACUUAAGAGCCGAGACCAAGCCAUUGGAAGCUAGAGCUGCUUUAACUCCUUCCACCACCAAACAAUUGCUUGAUGCUGGUUUCAAAGUCUACGUUGAAAAAAGCUCGCAAUCAACAUUUGAUAUCAAAGAAUAUGAGGAAGUUGGUGCUGAGAUUGUCCCUGAGGGAUCAUGGAAACAAGCUCCAAAAGAUCGUCUAAUUUUUGGAUUGAAAGAAUUGCCUGAAAAUGAGACAUUUCCACUAGUGCAUGAACAUAUUCAGUUUGCGCAUUGUUACAAAGAUCAAGCUGGAUGGGAAACAGUAUUGGGAAGAUUUCCUGCUGGUAAUGGAACAUUAUACGACUUGGAGUUUUUGGAAAAUGAUCAAGGUAGACGUGUUGCUGCUUUUGGAUUUUAUGCCGGUUUUGCUGGUGCUGCAAUCGGUGUAUUAGAUUGGGCAUUCAAGCAAACUCAUGGUGAUGAUGAAAGUUUGCCUGGAGUAACUCCUUACCCCAAUGAAGAGGCUUUGAUAAGUUAUGUCAAGGGUGAGUUACAAAAGGCUUUGGAGAAAACUGGCGGUAAAUAUCCUACUGCAUUAGUAAUUGGUUCUUUAGGUAGAUGUGGGUCGGGAGCCAUUGAUUUUUUCAAAAAAGUUGGCAUUCCAGACGAAAAUGUCGCCAAGUGGGAUAUGCAAGAAACAGCCAAAGGUGGUCCAUUUAAAGAAAUUGUUGAUUCGAAUAUUUUCAUCAACUGUAUUUACUUGUCUCAACCAAUUCCACCAUUUAUUAACUAUGAAAGUUUGAAUGUUGAUGAUAGAAAAUUGACGACUAUUGUUGAUGUUAGUGCUGAUACCACCAAUCCACAUAACCCAAUUCCAGUUUAUGAAAUUGCCACUGUUUUUAACGAACCAACUGUUGAUGUCAAAACCACAAAGGGUCCUAAAUUGUCGGUAUGUUCGAUUGACCAUUUACCAAGUUUGUUGCCCAGAGAGGCUUCAGAGUUCUUUUCCAAGGAUUUGAUGCCAAGCUUGUUACAAUUACCUGAGAGGGACACCGCUCCGGUAUGGGUUAGAGCUAAACAAUUGUUUGAUAAAAAUGUUGCCAGAUUACCAAAGAAUUAA